UUGGCGCACAACUUUGCAGAGUUCCGUGGCAGAGCAGAGCAAGUCACACGGUAUAUUGUGGGGAAAUUUUCACUUUGCCUAAAUUUGAGCUCACUGAACUUUUGACUGACUACCGUUUACUUUAUUUUCAAGAUUCUUCAGCUUUUCUUUUCUUUCGAGUGCUCGUCUCCACUUACAAGUCGCUUGAAUGUAUAACAUGAUGGAAACCGAGAUAAAAAGUCCCCUUCCGCAGUCCAACACGGGCUCGGCGGCGGGCGGUAAAAACAACAGUGCCAACGACCAGGACCGAGUGAAGCGGCCUAUGAAUGCUUUCAUGGUGUGGUCUCGCGGUCAAAGGAGGAAGAUGGCACAAGAGAAUCCUAAGAUGCACAACUCUGAGAUCAGUAAGCGUCUCGGUGCUGACUGGAAACUUUUGACUGAUGCCGAGAAGAGACCCUUCAUUGACGAGGCCAAGCGGUUACGAGCCAUGCACAUGAAGGAGCAUCCGGAUUACAAAUACCGGCCCCGCAGGAAGACCAAGACCUUGCUGAAGAAGGACAAGUACUCCUUGUCUGGAGGACUCUUGGCGCCAGGUGCCAAUGUUGUCAACAACGCCGUCUCGGUGGGGCAGCGGAUGGACUACGCGCACAUGAACGGCUGGACAAACAGCGCGUACUCUCUCAUGCAGGACCAACUGGCCUACCCCCAGCACCCCAGCAUGAACAGCCCCCAGAUUCAGCAGAUGCACAGGUACGACAUGGCGGGACUUCAGUACCCGAUGAUGUCUUCGGCCCAGACCUACAUAAACGCAGCAUCUACGUACAGCAUGUCACCGGCAUACACGCAGCAAACUUCCAGUACAAUGGGUUUGGGCUCCAUGGCGUCGGUGUGCAAGACGGAACCGAGCUCUCCUCCACCGGCCAUAACUUCUCACUCACAGCGUGCUUGUUUGGGAGACCUGAGGGAUAUGAUAAGCAUGUACUUGCCUCCCGGAGGAGACAGCGCCGACCACUCCACUCUUCAGACCAGUCGGUUACACAGCGUUCACCCGCACUAUCAAAGCGCAGGGACUGGAGUGAACGGAACACUACCUUUAACCCACAUUUGAAAGACUCGCACACACACAAAAACACUAAGAACUUCAAGUAUACUUGAACAUUUUCAAAGAUUUUGAAAACAGAGAAAAGAAUCGAAGUUCCAUUUUGUAAAAAAAAAAAAAAAAAAACUAAUAAAAAAAAAAACAUUUUUAAUCUCAAUGAGUUGACCGUUUUAAAGCAUUUUGAGGACGACAUAUCGGGGACUUCUUGAAUGUUGCGUCCAAUUGAGUAAAUUGUAUUGCAGAAGAGCUUUUUAUCAUAAGCUGUAUCGCAAUUAACUUCUGUAUAAGAAUAUUGGACUUCUGAUUUAUUUGCCAGAGAUUGACUCUAUGAAAAUGGCACGUGGCUUCGUGAAGAGGCUGUAUUUCAAAAAUAAAAAAGAAAGAACAAUUGAGUAUGUUCACUCAUAAAUGUUUACACGUUAUUUUUUUAGAAUGUCAGUUUUGUUGGCUGUGUCCAAAUCUGUGUAUAGUCUUUUUGUUAUUCGUUUAGGUUAUACUACUGAAAUGAAAGACCGUGCUGGUCGCAAGCGUAAAGUUUGUUUUAUUUAUAGUAAGUUGUUUUUCUUUAAAGCUUGUGAACCAUUGUACGUUCCGUUGAAAUGUUCCACUUUCGUUUUGUGAAUCUUACUUUUUGUGAUGUCAUGGCAGUAUCAGGUUAACCCAUUGUUUGGGACGGAGAGUUUAACUUAAACUGACGUUUCUACUGAAGACCAUCCGAUUCCUAAACGAAUAAAUUUGUUUUACACAAAGGUUCCUGACAUGAGUUAUUUUGCUAAUGACUUGUUCGAUGGUUCAAAUCGUUGUACGUAAUGAGAAAUCUGCGACAGAGGAAACAUGUUUAAAACGUAACCAAAAUCCAAUCAUUUUUAAGCAAACGGUUAAAUAAAGAAAAACGGUCACUAUAUCAAGCAGAUGUCAAGAUGCAUGGGUAGUUUUCCAAACAUCCAUCAGCAAAUAUAUUUGUCUUUAAACAUCCAAAUGCUAUUUAUCAUUUAUGAAGAGAAUAAAGUUGGCCUGUUAUUUAGGAUACAGUAGUACUAUAAAUAUAUUCUAUAAAUUAGACUGUUGGAACAAAAACAUGCUAUACCGGAUGCUAUUCAGUGCAUACCAGUCAGUGCACGUUUAAUCCUCAGCCUUGAUUAGGCUAUGGCCUAUCAACCACAUAUAUCAAACUAAAAACAAAAAAGGAAUAGUCUUUUUUGGCCUCACAUGAACCGUCAUGUCCCCCCCAGCAUUUUCACUUGUUGAGUCAU